ACUUGCUUUAUUUUUGUCACGUUUUUUUUUUGUCAGUUUUUGUACAUGCAUAAACAGAAGUCAGUUUCACUAACCGGAUUACAAGUUUAGAAUACGCAUGAUAUGCAUUUUAUCUUUGGAUCACUAAGAAACAACACAAGAAUAACAAUGCGAAGAUCUCUUCUUUCUUUGAUUUUAGCCUGUGCUCUGAGUUCUACAUCUGGAGGUGAUGUUCGACUGGUCAAUGGUAGUAAUCCCUGCUCUGGUAGAGUUGAGGUCUUUCACAAUGGUAGUUGGGGAACUGUGUGUGAUGAUGAUUGGGACAUUUAUGAUGCUGCUGUGGUGUGCAGACAGGUGGGAUGUGGAAAAGCUCUUAGUGCAAACCGUGAUGCUUCUUUUGGCCAGGAGAGUGACCCAAUCUGGCUGGAUGAUGUUGAAUGUUCUGGAAAUGAGAGCAGCCUUAUACAGUGCAAACACAAUGGACUAGGAUCACAUAACUGUAAACACCAUGAAGAUGCUGGUGUUAUAUGCUUAGGUGAUGUUCGACUGGCCAAUGGUAGUAAUUCCUGCUCUGGUAGAGUUGAGGUCUUUCACAAUGGUAGUUGGGGAACUGUGUGCGAUGACGAUUGGGACAUUUAUGAUGCUGAUGUGGUGUGCAGACAGGUGGGAUGUGAAAAAGCUCUUAGUGCAAACAGUGAUGCUUCUUUUGGCCAGGAGAGUGACCCAAUCUGGCUGGAUGAUGUUGCAUGUUCUGGAAAUGAGAGCAGCCUUAUACAGUGCAAACACAAUGGACUAGGAUUACAUAAUUGUGGACACCAUGAAGAUGCUGGUGUUAUUUGCUCAGGAGGUGAUGUUCGACUGGUCAAUGGUAGUAAUUCCUGCUCUGGUAGAGUUGAGGUCUUUCACAAUGGUAGUUGGGGAACUGUAUGUGAUGACUCUUGGGACAUUUAUGAUGCUGAUGUGGUGUGCAGACAGGUGGGAUGUGGCCAAGCUCUUAUUGCAAACAGUGAUGCUUCUUUUGGCCAGGAGAGUGACCCAAUCUGGCUGGAUGAUGUUGAAUGUUCUGGAAGUGAGAGCAGCUUAAAAGAGUGCAAACACAAUGGACUAGGUUCACAUAACUGUAAACAUUAUGAAGAUGCUGGUGUUAUAUGCUUAGAUAAGAGAACAAUAUUCCAUCCUGUAAAGGUUUGUUUACAAACUAUUUAAAGCCAGGACUUUGAGUACUAAAAU